GAGAGGAGGAGGUCUCUCCCUCCAGAACUCUCUCAGUCGGGAGCCGAUCUUCCUAGCGGUAACAUGUGGGCGCCUAUGGUUACUGUAUUGCUGGGGGUGUUGGACAGCGCUCUGGCCGGCCAGAUUCUAAGUUACGAGGAGGCGCAGCAUUCCAGGAGCGAGGCUGGCGUUCCAGGCACCAAUGUCACUGGAAAAUGGAGCUGGGUGGACAGCCGAGGACAACAGCAUCACGUGUGGUACAUAGCAGAUACUGGUGGAUUCAGAGCAUUCGGUGACCUCGUACCUUCCGACCGUCAACAGCCAUCUUUCCUUGAAAUCGGCACUCCUGUGAUAGGCGGGCGUCCUGGGCUUUCCUCAUCAGGUGAAGAUCCAGUAGCUAAGAGUCUCCCGUCGGUCUUACCUGAAAAGGAGCCAAUACCUAUCGGAACCCCUGUUCUUGGAGGCCCUCGCAGAACUUCAGAUAGUCACACUGGCAAUCAUUUUUCUGUUCUUGGUUUUCCUGAAAUAUCACAGGUCGAAGCUGCCCUGAAGGCAGAAGCAAGAGCUACAACUGUUAGUCCAGCAACAAUACUAGAGGCUGCUGUAGCCAUAGACUCUACACAACUCUCAAGAACAGAGGGUUCUCAAGAGGUAUUUGGACAAAGUGCACAUGGGCAAAGGAAUGAUGCCUCAUCUCAAAACAAAGGAAGUCAAGAAGAGAACUCUGAUACCAAAGAAGGUUUGUCAAAAUCAAUGUCCAGCACAGGAGGAGAAAAUGUUCUUGCUCAGAGAAUGCUAGGAAAAGCUAUUGCAACUUUCUCAAUAUCAAGCGAAAAUAAACGUACGUUGCUGACACCUAGUGACAUGCAGAGGGAAAUACAACAAAUGGCGUUAUCUAUGGAAGUUCUACCUAUUCCAGAAAAAAACUCAGACUUUGUCUUGAUCGACCGCCUGAGAGUCCCAACUGAGCCUAAACCCAGAGUAGGACCACCACAGAUUGUGCCUCAACCAGUCAGCGUCCAGAAUCCCUCAACUCGGGUGAUCAUGGGUCUUCACACUUCUGGCAGACCUCCCACUGCUGACCGUCUCACUCAGCCCUCCAGGAACCUCGCCCCACUUGGGAUACACCUGCUCAAUCUGGUGCCUUUCAGAUCUAACAGCAAGAGCCUCAAUUCCAACGGACCAGUGCCCAAACCGAUUCGAGUGGUUGGGGCACCGAAUCUGGAGAACUUCUACAGACCAGCGACUCUUGCCCGAACGACGCCUUCGCCUUUCAGGCUGCCCAAUCCGAUCCGUGAUUACGAUUACUUCUAUAGUGAUUACGAUUAUUACGAUUACGCCAAUUACGAUACCGGCUCUCCUGCUGGGGGGCCGCAGAGCACCAAAAGGGCCAGCAAUUCGGCCAAAGAUAAUAGUGACGAGAGUGAGAAUUCUGCUGAACCUGAGGGGGUCGACAGCGACGAAAUGGAUGAAUGAGACUUGAAACGAUUCAAUUUAGAGGCUGAAAAACUCUCCGAAGGCACCGAGGCUCUGUGAGCCUAAGUUAUUUAAGUGCCUAAUGGACUCUGAAAAGUGAAGGUGGCGUACUUUAGCAUGUAAAGGAAAACUCAGGUCAUUUUCUGUCAAAUUAAAAGUAGAAAAAUUAAGUUUCCGACUCUAAAUGCAGUUCUAAGAUUCCUGGUGGGCUUCUUAAGUUCUUAUUUUUGUAUCAGAUGCAGAUCAACAAAUACACGAAUUAUCUGACGUGCAACAGUGAUGGAGGUGUUUUGGAAAAGUUUCAGAUUCUAUUCGUUGAGAAAGAAAAUAAGUUAGUUUGUAUAUUAGUCUUUUGGUAGACAAUAUUUAUUUGAAAAGUGCAAAAUGAAAAACGAAUUAUCAACCCAUAAACAGUAUGAAUUUUUUUUACAAGUCUGUGGCCAAUAUGUUUUUUUAUUUAAAAAAUUGUAAAAGAACGUAAAAGUUACUGGUUCCAUAGUAGAAUACGAUUCAUCACCUGAGUUUGACCUUAUCAGAUGCAUAUUAGUGUGAAUCACUGUUCGGGCGACGAUAAAACCUGCUAUAGGAGUUACUGUGAUUGCUUUAUGUUAAGAAAAAAGUACUGUGAUGUGUGAGCUUUGUUACAUCGGUAAGACAGAAGAGCUGGGGUGUUGAGCGACGUUUCUUGUGCACACUGUACGUUAAUUGUUUAGUUUUUCUUUACUCAUUUGUGCAGCUUUCUGCUCUAGACUGCAUGAAGCAGAAAGAGAACUUUUUCGUCCUAGAUUUUAUUCUAAAGUAGUUUCAGUACUAGGCACUUACCAUUCUUAUAUUUACUCAAUGUUAAACAUAUCUUAAUGGUAGGGCAACAUUUAAAAACAUGGAGACGCUGCCUUUAUUCAGGUAGUACAUUCACAACCCUAGCAAGGAAACUCUUUGUACAGAAAUGUUAUUUUUUUUAAUGGAAAGUAGUAUUUUACUUUUUCAAGUUACGACCUCAGACAUCUUACUGUAUCUAGUUUUGUACGAGCAAGCUGAAAUGGUCAAAAUAUUCUUCGUUGGUAAAAUGCCCUAUUGUACAUUUUUCAAAGCUCACUAAAUUCGUCUCUGCUCUGAAUUGUAAAGACCAUUCACUGGCCACUAAAUUCGUCUCUGUGCUAAUUUGUAUAGACCAUUCACUGGCAGUCUGAUGUACGAGGGAAAAAUUGCUUCACUGCAAGCUUUUCAUUUCAAAUAUGUUUCGUGCUCAGACGGGCUCAGUCAGAACUGUAGUUAACACCUGGAGAGUCGAGUCAGUCUCAAGUUCCUGCGAAUCAACCUCAGAUAUCGCGAUGGUUUCAACAUAAAGUCUCUUUUCUGAAAAGUAUCCAUUUGUAAGCCGUAAUAGAGAGCAGCGUCUCAGUUAUGUGGUUCCUUGUUGAUCAAGAUAUUUGACAUACACUAAGGUCAGUUCAUUAUGGAAGAACGGUGCAAUUUGUCUUAACGAUGUAAUGAAACGAGUUGUGAAGGGGCGGUGGGGUUUAUGUCGAAAUAGUUUAGCUAUUACUAUUGCCAAUCUCCGAUCUAGGCUGGUACUUCCCGUGGCACCAUUCCAGCCAGCCUGGAAUAUCCUGAACGCGCCAUGGAAGCCCACUGCCAAGCCGAUAGUAGUAUGGGCAGGUGACAGCAGAAUCCAUUCCAAUUUAAAAGCAAAUCAACUGAGCAACCAUAACUGUAUCUCAGUAAUUAUUUUCCAAACAAACGAAACAAAUAUGUUAGUCCUGUAUUAUCACAAGAAAAUGUUUUCAUAAGUCGUUUCAAUAUAAUAUUAUAUGUCACGAGAAUAACCUAGGUUGCAAAUAAACCUGACUAGAUACACAAUUUCAACUCUUUCUAGGUGACAUGGGAAGAAGAAAGCCUCCAAAAAGUAUCAACAAUUGUGCCAUCUAGUGGCAGAAGUACCCAGGUCUCUGUCAAGCGCGAGCGAUGAGACUAGUAACUCUGUACAUUUUUAUUUUUAUUUCAAACAAACGAAACAAAUAUGUUAGUCCUGUAUUAUCACACAAAAAUAGUCAUUUGGCGAUUGUCCACGAAAUGUUUCAAAAUUUUAUUUUUAGAUGAAAAAUCUCGAUACAGAUAGCUAAACAUAUUUCCAUAAGUCGUUUCAACAGAAUAUUAUAUGUCACGAGAAUAACCUAGGUUGCAAGUAAAGUAAACCUGACUAGACACAAUUUCAACUCUGUGAAGGUGACAUGGCGAAGAAGAAAGCCUCCAAAAAGUAUCAACAAUGAAGCCAUCUAGUGGCAGAAGUACCAAGGUCACUGUUAAACACGAGCGAUGAGACUAGUACUAGUUACAGUCACGGAUUCAGGUGAAGGUAGGUCAGUAGUCUUUUAAAACAACUCUGCUUACGGGAUUUAGACAAAAUCGUGCAUUCCGUCCGUGUGAGAACAUCUAGUGUAGCCGAUGUGAAGUGAGAUUCUUCUAGGUUGAAAAAAGAAAAAAAAAAAAACGACCGUCAAAAACUCACGUACAGUCGUUGUGAUAACGAAUUGCUGAAUGAUGUAUAUUAAUGAAAUGUUUCUUAUUAUAAUAGCUUCCGGAAAAAUACGUAACAGUUUUUUGAUAAGUGGGUAAUUCUAAAGAAGAGCUCCGAACGGAGAUAUUAAUUAAUAUUAUUUACUGAACAGUAUAGAAAAAGGUGUAGAUAAUGUAGUACAUUUGUGAUAUUUUUUUAAAAUUGACUUAAUCUGAAAAAUGUACUAUUUUUUGUUUUAUAUUUUCAUCCCAAAGGGGCUGGUACUGAACGUGGCGCCCCGCAGACCUUCCUGCCUUAUUAUCUCCGUUUUGUAGUGUCGAUAACUUGUUCCUUCUUUAAACCAGUUUAUAGAGAUGCGUCCUAAGCAAACUUUAACAAACCUAAUCUAACCUAAUCUGAGCAAGGGUACCGUAGGAAAAACAAAACUAUAUUUGCUUAUACCAUGUUUACUUUGUCGUCCUGUUUAUAACUGUGUAAUACCCAUAUAACAUAUAAUGGAAUUGACAUUAACCCAUACAGUAACUUCCCAGUUUUCUUGUUAGAUGCAGUGGUUGCUGUGAAUCCUUAGUUGAACGUUUCCGAAAUUAAAAAAAAAAAACUUUUCGUCAAAAUUUUACUGAAAACUCUUAAUGAACAAAUUUAAAUACUAUCCUAGUCGUUGUCGUUUUGAGAACCUGCAUUCCUACAAGGUACAAUAUUUAACUUGGUUGUCGUGAAGACUGUUCACCGACUUCAUGCACUAAGGAUUCAUAAAAGAUUCUGGUAGAUCUAUAGUACUAUUCCGCGGCGGCCUAGACUAUGGCAGUUACGGUUUUCUAUGCAGUUUUACCGCCUUGAACAAGAAUUUUAAGUAAUAUUUAUUCGGACGACUGUAAUUAACCCCCAGGUGCCAGUACUAAACACGGCGAAAUAUAAUGGACGCCCCAAUCCCUAGUGGAUAGCUUAUCCGCGGUUACGUUCCUUGCAGUCCGUGCGGAACUAUUCUGUAGAAUUACCCAGAGAUGAUCUUGCUCCUAAAAGAGAACGUAACAUGUUAUUGCAAACCCGACAACUUUCAACUCUCGAUAAUGGAGUAAUAUUAAAUACAACGCCGCCUUGAAUUUUUGUGGCUUUCUGGAUAAAAGUCGUUACAAGGAAAUUUAUAGCGCAAUGCCUUUAUGAGCGAUCGCCCAAGUAAUCUGCUGUUUUACCCUGCUUCUUUCUUAAAAUGUCUGUAUCUGAAUGGAAAAUAGGUCCAUUUCCAUGGUAUGUGAUAGCUGAUAUCAAUCUUGGCGUGAAGGUGGUAAAAUAAGGUCCAGAGUAUACAGGAUUAGAAACUGUAUUGCAGCACAUUCUCGUGCAGACCGAAAGUACACAUACGGACGUGUAAGUUAUAGGUAUGGUUGCUAAGUGUGAUUUUUUUUUUUUAUAUGAGACCUUUUGCCUAAAUUUAUGGAAGAUUUGUAAAUAUUUUUUUAUGGAUUUGAUGUCUUGCCUUUUAUUGUGUAUAUAAAAGAAACCCAGAUUUUCAA